AUGUGCUCACUAGCUGAUGACCAUCCACCGCAAGCUGAAACCAUAGAUAUUAGAACCUGUAACCAAACAGUUCCAAAAACGUAUCAUGAUAAGGUUAAUGAUGGAAAUGACUAUACGACACAUCAUUCACACAGUGGAUCUAAAAAUAUGGGUAGAACAAUUGAGGAAGCUUCCAGGUAUUCAGGGAAAAAGUUUUCGUUGACCCCGUACAUCACACCGCGGGAGCAUACUCUGAUGAAACUCCUUGCCUGUGUCAAUAACCAUUGUGGAAACAUUGACGAAAGCAACAAGACGCAGACAACACUACUCAAGUUCACCAAUGAUAUUACCAUGAUAAUGCAACAACAAUGGUAUUAUGGUUGA